UUGAAACUAAAAUGAAACAGAAAAGCCCCCCCCCCUCCCCCCUUUCCUCUCCCCCCCUCCCCCCUUUCCUCUCCCCCUCUCCCCCCUCCCCCCUUUCCUCUCCCCCUCUCCCCCUCCCCCUUUCCUCUCCCCCUCUCCCCCCUCCCCCUUUCCUCUCCCCCUCUCCCCCCCCCCCCUCCCCCCCUUUCCUCUCCCCCAUUGACUGGGUGGUGAAACAAAUAUU